AUGGCGCCCUCAACUGCAACCGAGACUGCUCCCCCCAUCACUCUCCAAGCCCGGGAAUCCACCCAGGAGGCCGGCGCCGAGAAAGCCAAAGUAAAGAUGAACAUUCCCAGACCACCCGUAUUCGACGACAAGAUGAAAGAGCGUGAAUACCUUAAAGGCCGACUGGCAGCGGCGUUCCGCAUCUUUGGAAAGAAUGGAUACGACGAGGGCGUGGCCGGCCACAUCACCCUUCGCGACCCCGUCGACCCCAGCACAUUCUGGGUUAAUCCAUUUGGUGUCGCCUUUUCUCAGAUCAAAGCCUCUGACUUGAUCCUGGUCAACCAUGCCGGGGAGGUCAUCGACGGUGGCCCAUGCCGAUUACUCAACGCCGCCGCGUUCAUGAUCCAUUCGGCCAUCCAUGCUGCUCGUCCAGACGUCAACUGCGCAGCGCACAGCCACAGUCUGCACGGUCGCGCGUUUUGCAGUCUCGGUCGGCCAUUGGAUAUUAUCACUCAGGAUGCGUGUGCCUUUUACAAUGAUCAUGUCGUGUACAAACAAUUUAAUGGCAUUGUCCUCGCCGAGGAAGAAGGAAAGAAUAUCGCCGCAGCAUUGGGCGACAGGAAGGCGGCUCUGUUGCAGAAUCAUGGUCUCUUGACAGUUGGAAAUACGAUCGAGGAGACGGUGUUUUGGUUCGUGAGCUUGGAGAAGUGCUGUUAUGCACAGUUAUUGGCUGAUGCGGCGGCGGCGGGACGAGGAGGACAGACGAUCAAGGUGGAUGAUGCCGAUGCGGCCUUUACGUAUAAAUCUGUGGGGACGCCUUUGGCGGGUUAUUUCAGCGCGAAACCGCUGUUUGAUGUGAUUCAUGAAGAGACGAAGGGGAGUUAUUUGAAUUAG